AUCAGUCACCCUAAUGCUUCCAAAGAUAUAAGACCAUUUCAUCAUAAAUCGUAACACUAUGAAAACUCCAUGGCAGUAUACUUCAAUUGAACAUGUAGUAAUCAUCAUGUGCAUGGGCACGUUGGAAGCUUUUAAUCUACCAGAGCCUGCCUGGCUUUCAGAUUUAUUACAUUACAUCAAGCACAAUGGUGGUGAGUAUCACCAAGUCAUAUUCAUAACACCAGAGCACAUCGAAACAUCAAUUGAGAAUUAUUGGAUAGAAAUAAUGCAGCAGACAAUAAUGGCUGCUUAUCCAACUAUUCGAUUAAACGUAGAGCGUCCAUCAAAUGCUACCCAAUGGUCCUAUCAUGGAAUUGAAACUACUGGAACGUUGUUCAUUUCUGUCCAUAAUGCAAAAAUACAUCGAUUAGAUGUGCCAAAGCAUACUUUAUCUAUCAUGAAGAAGUUAUCAUUGAACAAGAAAUAUGCCAAGUACCUGAUGAUCUUUAUUUCAUCAGAAAAGCCCCAGAAUUUCGAGAUCCUAUUGAGAUAUGGUUGGGAAAUCCAAAUGUUGGAUUUACUCAUUCUGGAGAUCAUCUCUUACCGAAGACAAAGGAUAACUAUCGCGGUGAGUUCUCUAGAAGAACAGAGCUCACCCGUAAUUCACUACUUCAAUCCUUUCUUGGAUUUAAUAAUAAGGAAACCAUACGAACCAGGAAUCGAAUGGUUUCCAAAUCUUAUGAACAAUUUGCACGGGUAUCCUUUAAAAAUCGGUAUCCGUCAUCAACCCCCUUUCUCCGAAGUCUCCUGGGAUGAGAAAACGAAGAAUGUGUCAAUGAGCGGAUGGGAUAUUUCCGUCAUACAAGAAGUGGCAACGAAGAUGAAUUUUACAUUAAAAUUUUUACCGGAAUUGACGACCUUUAACGAAAUAAUUGAAGACAAUUCACCCUACGGAUUAUUCAAACUUCUGAACAGUGGAAAUAUGGAUAUACUUGCUUCUGUUAGCCCUCACUACACAGAAGAUACGGAAGAAGAUUUAUACCACACUGAUAUGAUAUUUCGUGACCAGUUGUGUGCUGUCGUACCAAUAAAACGAACUACUCGUCUUCUCUUUCCUAGAGAAAUUAUUGAAGCUUUCAUUUCAACCACUGGGAUUUUAUCAAUAUUUUCAGCAUCAACGUGGCUGUUCAAGUUCCGUAGUUCAUGGAGCAUUUUUCAUAUUUUUUGUAUGUUAUUUGGAAUCCCCGUGCAUAUCAAUCAUCUUAAUCUGAGAACUGCCCAACGACUAAUGAUCCUAAUAAUCCUAAUCGUAUCAUUAUUUUACUGUAUGAGAAUUUAUGCAUCUCUAACAGAAAUCAUUAUCGAUAUUGAGGGUGAGAUUGAAAUUGAAAAUUUUGAUGAUCUUGAUCGUUCUGGCCUCAUACCGGUGAUCUCACCAUAUCUUCUGAACAGAACAUUUGGAAAUCUCCACGCGACUGAUCGAGCGCUGAUUAAUUUGAAAAGAAAAGCUGUUACGAUGUCAGCCAUGUGGAACUGUCCAUCCUACGCAGAUCGUUUCAAAAAUGUUACAUGUUUAAUGACCAAGAAUGAUGUUCAAGUAUUCAUGAAAUCAGCUUAUCGACCUGGUGAAAGAAUUUUAAAGAUGUCCAAGGUCUGUUUCUGGUCAGACAAUUACACAUUUCUUCUUAGAUCUGGUUUACCCAUUCGAAAGAGAAUGGAUUAUAUACUUAAUCUUCUGUCAGAAGUUGGGUUGAAGAUAAUGUGGUUCAGAAAUGAUACGAGAAUCAAACUUUGGCAAAUUGACCGAGAAGAUGAGUUGAUACCAGACGAUGUGAAGUACCAACCCAGCAGUCCAUUGAGAGAACAGCUAUCAAUUGUUUUAUUAUUUGGUUUUACCACAGCAACCGUCACAUUUAUUGGAGAGCUACUGUGCUAUCAUGUGUGUAUUCAUAAGCAGAAGACAAUGACAAAAAAAAAUUAUAUAAAACUGGAUUCGUUGAAACUCGUGUCCAGAAUUGGACUAGACAUCGACCAGGGUAGUUUCCGGAAUGACAAGGUUAGCGUUAUUGUACCACUACGAGUGCAGUUGAAAUUGAAAUUCUUUCAUGGAUACGUCCACGUGACUUACAAAUAUAAAAAAUUGAGCGUCAUCCUAUACUCCUAG